UACAAACCUUUCGAUCUUCCCACUCAAUCUAAAUCAAAUCACAAAGCAAUUCCCGAGAAUCUUUCGUUUUCCAUUUACCCAUCAAUUCACAUCAUCUUUUCCUUCCAUCUUCAAUCUUCUGCCAUCAAUAUCUUAAUGAUGCCUUUUAAUUUCUACUUUGCACUGAUUCUAUUCCUCCUAAUUUCUCCCUCUUUUUCUCUCUCCAAUUCUUCUUCCCUAUUUAUACCCAAUUUCCGAUCAGCAAUCAUGCCUGGAAAACGCAACUUCUCCGAUUUUUCUUUCUCUGAAUCUCAAUCCUCGAUAAUGGCUGGCAAUUCUAAUAACAAGAAAUUGCGAAGACUUCCUCAUAUUUUUAGCAAAGUAUUGGAACUUCCUUUAAAUUCAGAUGCUGAUGUUAGUGUCCAAGAAUUGCCUGAUUGUUUUAAAUUUAUUGCGGAAAUUGAGGAUAGUGAAAUUGUUAAUGGCGGUGUUAGAGCUCAUGUUGUUAAGUAUUAUCCUGGGAUUACCAAAAUUGUGAUUCGGAGGAGGGAGAAUCUUUCUCAGCCCAUUAUUGACGAGCUUGAACUUGAUGUAUGGCGGUUUCGGCUUCCUUCUUCUGCACGGCCAGAGCGUGCAACAGCGGUUUACGCGCAUGGAAAGCUGGUUGUGACCGUGCCGAAGAAUCGCUGGCGUGAGGAUGGCAGAAACGGUGGUGAUUGUAAGGGUGGUUUGAAGGGUGAUAUCGAAAAUCUUGUUCUUGUACAGUAAUUGCUUCAUUAUUUGAGUUUUAUAAUAAAAAGAUUUAGUUUUUUUUGUUAAUUAAUUUCAAGAUUUGGAAGUUCAUGAGAUUUAGUGAUUUAGUUCGAUUUUCUUUGUAAAUUAAUUUCUUCUUUCUUAGUCUAUAAAAAUUAUGUUUACGGCUUACCUUAUAAUCAAAACAUAAUUCGAAUGUGAACACUAAUAUUUGUAAUUAAUUUGUAUAAGUAAUAUUUUUUUGCUACUUUUUUUUUGUUUUUUUGAGAUGAAUAUUUUUUUUUCUACUUACACCAAAAUUAAUUUGAUUUUAUUUUAUACAUCUCGCUAUAUAACUUUAUAAUAUUAAUUUAUAAUUAUAUUAGUUAUUUCUAGAUAUAAACAAUUUGAAAAAACAUUAAACAUUUAAAAAGAUAACAUAAAAUUAUUGUAAGAUUAUUAGAUCAACAAUACAACAUUAAACCAUCCCAAGAUUAAUAGGAUAACUGUGAGAACAAUCAAGUUGAUCACUUGAGAACAAUUAUAACAAAAAUUUCAAGAGUAUAAUAACACAAGUUUGCGAGGAAAAAAGUGUCUUUUUUUUUUUAAAAAAAAAAACAUAGCUCCUUUAAGCAAUGUGGAGCAACAUUCAUAGUAGACAAUCAAAAUACUAAUAAACUCUAAUUUAACACUGAAUUUUAAACCCUAAUUUAACACUGAAUCUUAAACCCUAAUUUAACAAAAUAAAAAUCAAAAAUCAAAUUAAAACAAUACAUACUCAUCAUAUACCUUAAAUUAACACAAUAAAACCAUUUAUAUUCCAUAUAUAAAUAAAUUCUAAUUAAAUACUGAAAUAAAUGGCCCCAAAUAAUAUUAAGUGGUGAAAUUUAGGCCGUGUGAUUUAUUUGUUAACUUUUUUAUAUGUGAAGUAAUAUAAUGUUAUAAUAUAUUUUAUCUUGAAUAUUUUUCUUAAAUUGGAAAAUUUUUUAUCUUUUAAUAUACCAUGAUUAGACCACUAACACCUUCAAAUAAGAAAAAUAUUCAUACAUACAACUUCAAUCAAAGCUAAGCUUAACCAUAAAUAGUAAAAAAAAAUAAGCUAAUUUGAGGCAUUAAGUUGGAACUAAUUAUCUAAAAACAUAGUUUUUUAAACAAAACCUUUCAUAAAAUUCUUAAAAAAUUUUUUUUUAUAAAAAAAAAAAGAGAAAAGAAAUGGCAAAUUAUUGUCAAAUCUUUUUUCUCUUAUUUAUAAUCAUAAUCCCUAAAUCAACAUCAUUUGACACAAAUAAUCCCUCAAAAUUAGUGCAAGAAAUAUGCAAAAGAACAGAAAAAAAAGAAUCAAUUUCAUAUUCAGAUUGCAUAUCAGUAUUUAACACUGGGGCCGCAUGGAAUGGAGAUCUACGAUCCUUAUCAUAUUACACCAGAGAUUUUGCUGAUAAUAAUGCAACAUCUACCUUAGAUAAAAUCAAUACCCAAUUGAUACCAAAUCAACCCGACCCGUAUAUUCAAGAGGUAUUGAAUGUUUGUAAGGAUGCAUUUACCCGAUUACAAGAUGAAUUAGUUAAUCGGGUUAACCCAAUGAUUGUGGAAAAGGGUACUUUUAGAGAAGCUAAAGCUUGGGUUGAUUAUGGUAUUGGGUUGAUGGAUAGUUGUAAAUCGGUUUGUAAUGCUCAACCUAAUACUAUAUGUUUGUUAGAUAAUGAUGUUAGGGAUACUAAAGCUAUGUUGAUUUUUCUUGAUAUUGUGCUUCAA